GGUUAAGGAAGCGGACAGCUCCGGUGCUGAUCGGAAAGGAGUGCGAGGCGAGCGUCGGGCGGCGCUGGUGGUGGACGAGUCCUGCCGACUGCUGCCGCUUCCCAGGCGGACGAAGAGAGGGAGGUUGGCGGCUGCAAUCCCCGGGGCCAAGAAGGAAGGAGCGGAGUCACACCAUGAGGCACGAAGCCCCAGUACAGAUGGCAUCUGCCCAAGACACAAGAUAUGGCCAGAAGGAGUCAUCAGACCAGAACUUUGACUACAUGUUCAAACUGCUCAUCAUUGGUAACAGUAGUGUUGGGAAAACAUCAUUUUUGUUCCGUUAUGCUGACGAUUCAUUUACAUCAGCUUUCGUAAGCACUGUUGGAAUCGAUUUCAAAGUAAAAACUGUUUUCAAAAAUGAGAAAAGAAUUAAGCUACAGAUCUGGGACACAGCUGGUCAAGAAAGAUAUAGGACAAUUACUACAGCCUACUAUCGGGGUGCAAUGGGCUUCAUUUUAAUGUAUGAUAUCACCAAUGAAGAAUCUUUCAACGCUGUGCAAGAUUGGUCAACCCAAAUAAAAACAUACUCUUGGGAUAAUGCCCAGGUUAUUUUGGUUGGCAACAAAUGUGACAUGGAAGAAGAACGGGUAAUCUCUACUGACAGAGGGAAACAUUUAGCAGAGCAACUUGGUUUUGAAUUCUUUGAAACAAGUGCCAAGGACAACAUCAACGUGAAGCAGACAUUCGAGCGACUGGUGGAUAUCAUCUGUGACAAAAUGUCAGAAAGUCUGGAGACAGAUCCUGCCAUUGCAGCUGGUAAACAGAACACAAGACUAAAAGACACCCCUCCUCCACAGCAGCCCAACUGUGGCUGUUAAUAGAAUCAUUGUCAACAGAGGCAGCUCCGGUGUGUUCUUUUGCCAAUAGAGUAUUUACAUAGGGUCUAUAUGCCUUUAUUUAUAAUGUCUUACUGGUUCAUUGGGGGAAAAUAUGUCUUCUUUAACGUCCACUGCUGGUACAGUACGUGCAUAGAGUUAUUUUGUGGAAUGGAUCACUAAGGCAGAAGGAAAGGACUCUCCAGUUUUUCUUAGCAUUUGCCCUCUGCACGUAGAUGACUAUUUGGUCUCUUCCCGAACAUUUCCUUUUUUCGUCCACAUAGAUCCAUUAUCACUUCAGCUGGUGCUGUAAUCUCAGGCCCAAAUUUUGUCUGAAUUUUAUUCUUCUUUCAUUUUUGUUCACUUAAUGCCAUUUUAUCUUCCUGGGAUGAUCCAGCAGUCUAGAAGUAAAAAUAUUCUAUUACUGACACUCCAAAUCGGAGCUAAUAUUGCAGUAAGCUAGCAAUGCAAGUUCAGGUGUCUCUUCCAGGUAACUUGUCAGCAUUUCCCCUCCCUGGAGAAUGUCCAUACUGCAAGGUGACUGUGGACUAUUAGUUGCCCCUCUAAACAACAACAACAUGGAGCAAUUUUAGAUUUUGCAGAUACAGCUACCUCCCUGUCAAACAACUUUCAGUGUGAGGAAUGUCUUAUUUUGGAAGCAAGAAACAAAGUUGUCUAGCUUUCAGGCAAGGUGCUCUUGCAAAGCCUGACUGUUUAACUCAUUUUGUCCCAGGACUUUGGAUCACCUUCACUAGAAUUUUCCUUAUUUUGAAGGAUUUUCAUACAUUGUCUAGGAUGUACUCAUUUCAGUCUAAAACAAAGAACAACCAUGUCAGGUCUUCUAUUUUCGGUGUCCUGAUAUCCCCAAAUAUUUAAUUCUUAAGCAGCCAGAUGGCAGAUUUAGUCUUCUUCUUCCCAGGAUACCAUUGUGUACCACAUGGAAUAUAGCUACUUACACCAUAAAAAGCAAAACCAAAUGAAUACUAUUGCUAUCAUUCAUAUGCUUAUUUUCUUAUGAACACAGAUGUAAGUUUCAGAAUAUUGUUACUGUAGUCAUUAGAAGCUUGCUAGAAUGAAAGUAUCCUCAUCUCAUCAUGAUAAGUAUUCCAGUUCUCAGUGAAAUGACAUUGUAAAAUAAAUUGAUACGAUACCAUAAAAAAUAAGAACUAUGCAAAGGAGAAAUUUAUACAAACAUGAUAUCUGUUUACACCCAUGAGAGCUCUGAUCUUAAAAAUAACAUUACUGAUACUUUCCCCAUUGAGAACUACCAAUAGUAAAUAUAAUGGAAGUUCUUAUUUGUAAAGUUAUUUUUUGCCAAAAGUCACUUGCAUGAUGAUUUUAAGCAUAUUUCUUGUACCAGAUCCAACCAAGCUCUUUUGGUGCCUGAGGCAGAGCAGUGACUAGCAUGGUCACUUUCCCAAGUCAAGACACAUAACCCCUAACAACUUGGACCAUGAGGCAGAAAAUCCCAGCUCUCUCCCUUGACAGUAAGAAUAAGUGACACAUUGGAGAACUAAGAACUUUUUGCCAUUCUAUGGCAACUAGAAUUUUGUCCGUGAGCCCCUCCACCACUCUGCCUAAAAGUAAGGCUGCCCCCCUACUGCUUUGACCCAGUGCUUCUUACUGCAUCUUUGGAACUGUACCUCUUUCAGAGUUUCCUCAUUAUGUCCUAGGAUGAUGGACAAAGGAGAUUUUGUAUGUAUGGUAGGCAUUCCUUAUAUCUAAGUGAAAAAUUACUCCUUUCAUGCAUGGAUCUCUGGAUACAUAGUAUGUCUGCAAAGCUUUGCCUAUGAGAUUCCCAAGGCUAGUUCACUUGUGCAGUUUCAACACUGCUUAACUAAGAUCUGAGACUAGUUUGCAUGAAAAAAUAAGGAGACAUUAUGCAUUAAUAACACGUUGCCAACACAAAAAUAAUGGGGACAUUGAAGAGUUCAGUUUCAUCAGCUCUGCAAGUACAGAAUUCAUUGAGUGGCUCAAACUUUCCUCCCAUUGUGCAACAGUCUCAACUGCCUUUGAUUGGCUGCCAACUGUAUUGCUCCAUAUGAAUUUCAUUUCUUGAGGCCCCCAACAUGAAUUUCUGGAAUGCCACAUUCACUGGAUAUGAAACCUAUCCAUCACAAACAUCUCCUUUUAAUUUGCAGAAAAACAAUCUGAAAUGAUUUCAUUUAUAUAGUUUACACAGCAAAACUUUAGAAAACCAAUUUUUACUCAAUUCAGUGAAAUCAUUCAACUAAUGCACAAUUCCUCUCUGAAUGGACAGUAAUAAUAAAAAAUGGGGUGCCACCCAGUCCCUUUCCCAUGAAUUCUGUCUAUUUCACCAAGCCUAUACACAUCUCAAACCAUUUUAGUAGAAAUCCAUUUUUAAUGGGGUGCCUUCCAGCCAUCCUCCCAGAAACAUUGUAUUCUCUACAUCACAUCCCCUUCCAUUUCUGAUUCUAGAACCAAAUAACUUUUUUCCUUAUUUAUUUCUCCCAAUUUUAUUUUUCCCUGCACUUUCAGAAAUAAUAUUUUAAAAUUGCCUAUGAGGACAGAUCUGGGCCAUUACAUCUGAAACACUGUUUGCUUCAGAGUAUGUUGUUGAUUAGUUUCUUACAGCUGUUAGUGAGAACAUCAUAAUUUGGCAAUGUUUAUUGGUGUCCCCUGAAAAUACUGUAAUUUUAACACCUAUCUCACCAAUCACAAAUUGAUGAUGAAGUCAUUGAAAAGCAGACAAUAACAGGACAGAAUGCGGGUAUUUUCAAUGCACCCCCUCUGAUUAAGAUAUUUAUACCUAGAAGAUCAACUCUGAAAAUGUGCUUCAGUUUUUAUUUCUUCGCCCAGUAGUAUUCAAUCCUCAGUGCUUCAUUAUAGUUAUAGUGAUGAAGUGCUUAAACAUUCUAGGAUUAUUAAGUUUUAAAUGUUUGUGGUUCUCCUCUAGUUCAUCUUUAAUGCCAUUCUAAUAUUGUUCAUCAGGCAAAUGGUGGUGAAGGAUGAAACAAAUACAUAUAGUAGCUGGCAGCUUAGAAUAUAAGAAAGAAUGUAAUUAAAAUGGUCCUGGAGCAAAACUAAAGAUAUAUCUAGUCCAAUUCCACUGUGUCCAAGUUGAUGCCUGUGGGUGCAUUCUGUCUGGAGCUUCUGCCAGAGUGGAAGUACAGAAUUUCUAGGAAUCAAGGGAUUCCCAUUUUAGCUCCAAUGGGAAAAUGUACUCACGACGCUAGUCUGAUCCAUCAGUACCAGCUGAACUAUCACCACAUGGGGAUGCAAUUACAGCCAGGCUACUGGUAAAGAAAUUCCUCUCAUAGGGCAAAACUCCUUUGUCUCAAGCUUCUCUUUGCUUCCUGUACGCCUAUGAAGUUUCACACAUAGGCAACUGGAUAAGACACAUGUCUUGAAUGCUGUAACAUAGACAAGCACACAAUGCUAAUGAAGCCUAUCUAGUACUAUGGUAAUACAUCCUAUUGGUGAAAUUGUUAAAUUCAUUUUUUAAGUUACAUGAAAUAGCUCAUUCUAUAACUAUGACAAAUGUGCCUAUUUUUUGGAGUGCCAUUCAUUCAGGAUGGCAUUUUUAUUUUUGAAAAAAAAAGACUACUUUUUACGUCUGAUUUUUGGUGUCCUAAAAUAUGGAAUCCCUAUCCUGGCCUUUCUGUUGAAAUGGAUUUCCUCUAUCUCUCUCAGCUGCAAUGUAAUGUAACUCUUACUGAAACUGUUUGUUCCUUGUGCUUUUACGUAGGGCCUUUCCAAUGUAUAAUGCAAUUGAGGUACUAUCAUCCAUGUCUAGGGCAGGAUUCAUACAAUUCCUUCUGGAGAGGGUCACCAUAUUUUUCCAGGUUUCAAAAAAAGGCAGUCCUGGUAUAAAUGAAAUCUUCUCCUCAAUUAAAGUGGCCAUGGCAAAUUGAAGUAUUAUAUUGGCUAUUAACAGUGAGGUCUGUUUCAGACUAGACAAUUACAGCACUUUGAUACCAUGAUUCCAUCUAGUGGAAUACAAGGAUUUGUAGUUUCAGCGGGCAUCUAGUAAUGUCUGCCAGGGAGUUCCAGUGUCUCACUAAACUCUAAAUCCUCCCCUGAAAUCUUUUGCUAGAGGGAAGGAGAUUGUUUGUGUAGUGUGAAUACUAUACUCACAUUUACCCAUAUAGGAGUCCACUCCUCCCCUUUGGGACUCAUUGCUGGACAUUUUCUGGACACCUAAGACAAAUCUAUCUCAAGCUUUGUGUCUGCUCACUACCUGAAUAUUCUUUGCCAUGGAUGGAAGAAUUCAACUUUUGUAAAACCUAGUCAAAGUACCUUCUCGAUUGUAGAUGAACUGGUAAUUGCACCUUUGCCUGAGAUAAAUUGGAAUAAGCCCUCCGUUUACUGCAUAGAGAAACUACCUGAACAGCUAGAUCUCUGUGGCCUUUCCAGAGCAUGAGUCUAAAAGAUUAGAUUUUCUUCCCAGUUGGCUCAGCUCUGUUACAUCCAGCUGUACUGCCUGCACCUUAUUUAUUUUAGAAACGAAGCGCUAUUUAAUGGUGCACUAUGUUCACUGGAGUUUGAUCCUAACUUGCAGACUUGUUGGAUGGUUGUGUUUUUGUUUAGGAGACUUUAACAGUGGUGCAAAAUUUGUCUCUUGAUACAAUUUUUGUCAGUCAUGGACACUUAGUAGAUCUAGUUUUCAAUGAGCAUGUUUUAUGUGAUGGCGCUGUGUAAAUGAGUGUCUUGUUGAUUAGGGCUCUUUUUUCCACAAGGUACUGGUAUGCACAUUCAUUUUGCAUGAUUCAAACACUGUUAUACACUCUGAGCAUGGCAAGUUUUGCAUAGGUCCCAUUCAAACUAUGCCCUCAUGACAAAUCUGUGCUUCAUUUUGGAUUGUUCCAUGCUGAAUUUUCAAUAGAGAUACUCUGUAAA